AUGACAAUUACGUUAAAUUACCAAGAUAAUGAGAUUGUAUCGUCACCCACCGUUUUAAUUAGUGGAAAAACUUCGACUGGAAUUACGCAAGGUAUCGUACAAGUUGUGAAUAACGAUAAUCGGGUAUUUCCACCACAAUGUUUUGAGGUCAAUAAUGGUAAUUUCAAGGCUUUGAUUCAUGUCUCACCAAAUGAGAGGAAUAGGCUCAUAAUUGAGAUUAUGGAUAAUGGACGUAUAAAUCCCUUCGGCUUUCCUGAGUACUUUCACGGAAAGCCUAAAGUUGUGGAUAGAUCUGAAUUAAAUAUUAAUUUCAAUCCAUUGCCGCAGAAUAAACCAGUUCAUUUAUGUGUCUUAGUUGGUAAAGACUCUAAAGGAGUCUAUGAUAUGCCACAAUAUAGAUUGAAACGAGGUGAGCAAGCGAAUCUUCAAACGGCAAUUAAAAAGUUGAAAGUAGCUGGUAGAUUAAUGCAAGCCUUUACGCAGGAUGAUAUGAGGUCUACGGGUAUGAGUAAUAGGUCCUUCCAGUUUGUGGAAGAAUCUGUUGCAAGCCAAGGGAUAUUUGGUUAUACUGUAGAUUCACCGACUUCACAUCAAGAAAUUAAAAUACACGUAUUGAGAUCUCCGAAAACGGUGGCUGAAUUAAGAGAUCCUAAUUUAGCCCAGCAGAAUUCAAAAGGAAAUAAUACCGGCGGGCUUUUCAGUCAUGCGUUGGAGCUUAUUGAUAAAACUCCUGAGUUAAGUGACAAAUUUAAGCGCCUGAAGACUGCUGUUCAAUGUGCUGUUUUGUAUUUGGAUUCACAUUUUGAUACGAAACUGAACAUUAUCUUAACGCAUGCUGCAUUAGGUGGUGGUAAUUCAAACAUCAAAUUAGCAAUAUUUGGGUCUCAUGGAUUACAUUCAUGGCCUUCUAAUUUCCCUCAAUUAACUCCAAGCUUUUUAGAUGGAACUCAUUUAUCCAUUAAUGAGGUUGCAAAUGAUUGUAAUCAAUGUGGUACAAGUUGGGAAUGUUUGAACAUUACAUUGGGUGCAUUUAUGCAUGAAAUUGGACAUUUAUUAGGCUGUCCUCAUCAAGUCGAUGGUGUGAUGCUUCGUGAUUAUAUUUGGUGGAACAGGUCGUUUAUGACCAGGGAAGUAGAAUGCCUAAGAACAAAAUCUAGAGGUCAAUUGAUCAAUUCUAAUGGCGUGUGGCCUCAGGUUUGUCACUGGAACAGAUUGGAUUUAAUCAGGUUCUUCUAUCAUGACUCCUUUAGUUUGCCAAUUGAUUCAAACGAUCCAACAUAUGGAAAGGUACAAUCCACAACUAUGGUUCUGGAUGAUAGCUAUGAAGGAUCAUAUAGAACACCAACUCUGUAUAAUACCCCUCUGGGAGGAGCCCUUAUUAAGUCUGGAUCUGGUAUCUAUUUGAUUGAAUUCAUUUCUAAAGACUUAACAAGACAUUCCUUUUCCUAUUUCCCUAAGUCCUAUGGUGGUACAGGUCUACAACAUGAAAUAAUGUUAGACUAUGAUUCUUGCUUUCAAUCUCUCAGGAAGAACUCGAAUGAAGUUGAUGAGCAUUUCGCAGUAAGAGUAUUGUCGUUGGGUGGUGAUUUGUAUAUUAAUGAUUUCAAGAAACAUUGCUCAACUGACGCAGCUCAAAAUGUAAUCAAGAGUGAUUUUGGCUUAAACAGAGGUAUUCUUACCGGAUAUAAAAGUGCACUUUUAGGUAAAAGCAAAGAUAAAGAAUCAGUCAUAGGUUUUGAGCUUGAAAAAGUUUACAAGGUUCGUAUUUAUCACGGAGGCGCAUUAGACGGUGUUAGAUUUUAUUUCAAUACUUCUGAUAAUGCUGAAGCAAAAAACCCUCCAAAAGUUCCUCUUAGAAAUUAUUUACACAGGCUAACUAACAAACUGUCCGAUUCUUCUGAUACUAGAAACAACACUCAAGAAACAAGCCAUAAGGUUGUAACCAUUGGCCAUGAAAAGUCACAUUAUUCGGACUAUGAUAUUGGCCUGGGUGAAUUUAUUACCAAAUUCCAUAUUAGAAAUGGUGCCUGGAUUGAUGCUAUUCAAAUUGAAACAAAUACCGGCAGAAAAUCACCAAUGUUUGGUAAUGGGAAUGGUGGACAUUUAUCGACGUUGGAAUCCCCUGGCCGAGGUUUUCGUGUAAUAGGCAUGUAUGGUUAUGUAGGUUCAUGGUUAGAUGGUUUGGGAAUCAUAUAUACAAGUGAUUAG